AUGAUCGAUCAAACAAAUACAAUGCUUUAUGAUAAGACUGUGUUGAAGACAUUUGUAGAGUCACAGCGUCAAGGCAAUGGCUUAUUCAAUGGCGAACUCAAGGACACGUUCCACGCCGUCGGCGCCUUGGCCCGUCUCGGCAUCACCAUCAACCACGACUCUACUCUCUGCAACGAUGUGCGCACAUUGAUCGCCCAACGCAGCUCCGACAUUGAGAGCAUCUUUUACGGUGUCUCCAUCCUGGCUGACCUCAAGUGUCUGGCCGCCAACCCCGUGCCAUUCACCCAGCUGAGCCCCGCCAUCACCAAGGCUCUCGACAGCGGCUCGCUGCAGCAGCUGGCCGACGCCGUCAACGUCAUCUUCUCGUACAUUGAUGCCAAGGUCAAGGUGGACUACGACAUCAAGCAGCUGGAGCCAGUGGCCGACCGUUUGGUCUCGCUCAUGGACCUGGACGGUGAGUUCAAGUCAGAGGCCGCCGACGAGCAGGCAUCCAUCACCAACAACGGUGUUGCAUACUUCACUCUGUCGCGUCUCUCUUACCGUCUCAACUCGCCAGCCGUCACCAAGCUCGUCGAGAAGGUCGUCGCCAAGUUGCCCAGCAUCGUCGAUCAGGGUGACGAGUCCCCCUCCGACUUCCACUGGGUCAACCUUGCCACCACCUCGAGCAUUCUUCGUGGCAUUGUCUCGUUGACAUCACAGAGCGAAAAGGUCAUGGCAAUGAUGCAGCCAUCGCACAUCCAGAGAAUCGGAAACUACUUCUUGAAAUUCAAGCAGCCAUCCUCGUUGGCUGACGCAUUCAACCUGGUCAUUGGUCUCAAGGCCUGUCAAAAGAACAUCAUCGGACAGCCACUCUCAGUGCAGCUCGAGAACAACAUCUUCUCCUCGGCCAAGACCACACCCGUUGCACUGACUGUGCGCGACAUCUUUGACCAGGACGUCACCUCCGAUGUCACCAUCAACAAGCUGGUCCUCUCGACCGCUCGCUCCAACUCCCUUCUCUCGGGUAAGGCUCUCGGAGCCCCCAAGAAUGGCGUGUACUCCACCGACUUGACCGACCUUAAGCUCGGCUCCUACGUCCUUGACCUCAAGGUCGUCCCAACUGGUGAGAACUUCAACACUUUCACCGUGUCGCGCACCUUCACCAUCACCGGCGCCGUCAGCGUCACCGACUUCAAGCUCGUCGUCGCCGAGACCAAGGACGCCCUGGCCAAGUCCAAGACUGUUUACAACGUGGACUACAUGAAGCAGUUGCCCGAGCUCGUUGUCAUUCCCGCCAAGUCGGUCGGCCAGAUCUCCUUCCGCGUCGUCAGUUCGACAGGAGUUGCAUUCAACGCCCAGCAGGUCGGAAUUAGAUUCUCCUCGCCAAUCGCUGAGACCGUCGUCCAGGCCAUCUUCAACGCCGAGACCUACACCUACCUCAUCAGCAAGGAUAUGGGCAAGCUGGUUGGAUUCAACUCGGGCGACUACCAAGUCACCUUGAUCGUUGGCGACCACUCCAUCACCCCACUCACCUGGAACGUUGGUAAGGUCCAGCUUGCCUUUGCCGGCAAGCCAGUGCCCACCACUCGUUUCCCAGAGCACAAGCCAAUCAGCCAUGUGUUCCGCCAGCCCGAGGCACGUCCAAAGGAGAUCGUGUCCCAGGUCUUCACCCUCAUCGUCUUGGCCCCAGCCCUCAUCUUCUUGCUCGGUCUCCCAAUCGUUGGCGUCAACGUCAGCCUCCCCACUGGCAUGGGCUUCAUCUACACCACUGCCUUUGUCGGAUGCAUUGCCGCCGUCGCUCUGUUGAUCAUCACCUACUGGCUCUCGAUGACCAUGGUCGUCACUCUCCAAUACCUCGGUGUACUUUUAAUCCCAACCGUCUUCUUUGGACAGAAGACCUUGUCAUACUAUGCCCAAGAGAGACUGACAAAGAUCAAGAGAGACUAA